CUGCGAGGGUAAAGGCUGAGCGACGGAAAACAUGCGCGAUGACUAUGAUGAGACUUUGCCAGGAAAAUAUUCUUAUCAUAGUAAGGAACCAAUGGAACAUAUUACACUCGUGCCUCCGCUGGCUUUCCAAGGCAUCUCCAUGGACAACAGCGCAGCGUACUACAAGGAUGCGCUCCGACUUGGACUGCCCUUCCACCUUGAUGCUGCAUAUCUUGACCAUGUCCACGGCCAGAGGUUACCCUGCAGACGACUGUCCUACUUCCCCUUCCGCGCUCCCCUCGGAAUGUGUGAUUAUUCCUUCGAGCCAGCGUUUAUCCAGAAACGGAACGAAAGGGAGCGGCACAGGGUGCGCUGCGUAAACGAGGGUUACGCGCGUCUAAGGGAGCGUCUGCCGCAGGAGUUUGAGGACAAGCGGCUCAGCAAAGUUGAGACGCUGCGAGCGGCUAUUGACUAUAUCAAACAUCUGCAGAGUCUGUUGGACUUAAACGUCUCUGGAAUGGAGAUGUCGCUGGGAGACGCGCGCAAUCGCGAGGACCUACGACGGAGGACAGAGUGCGGCAGUGAUGGAGAAUCCAAAACCAGCCUGAGUGACAGUGGAGAGAUCGGUUACUAGCUUCUGUUCUCUCAGAUCUGCCGUGUGCGGUUAACUGGAACGGAAUCGUAAAAAAAUCUUCCAAAAGACAUUGAAAAACAGCUUGUGUUUUUACAGAUACGAUAAAAAAAUAUUUACUGUAAAAUAGAAAAUAUGCAAAAAAAAAAAAAAAAAAAAAUACUGAUUAUUUAGAAUUAAUUUCUCAUGUGUUUUUUGUAGCCUAAGUUAGGACAAACCACACGUUCCAGGCUUUUACAUAGAAAAUUAGUGCCAAGGCAAACUUGACUUUUGGAAACAGUAUGUGUUAGAAUAAUCUCAUUUAAUCCAGCAAAUGUCAAAAUGUAA